ACUGGAGAACCAAAGCCUUAUUCAAAAUCCCGCACGAACAUGAUCUCCACGGAGUCUCAGGAUUCAAACCAGAUCUCAGUUUAUCCAUAAACGCCGAGUUUCACUAAAAUGACCACACAACGUGAUGACAUCAAUAAUACUCUCCUCGACAUCACCAGAUAUCAUGGCAAGUCCAUCGUCUCUCUCAUGCUCGAUAUUCAGAACAGCACACUGGCACAAGACAAAAAGUUAUCCAUCAUAAAGAACCUUGAGUGUCUUCGCCCCGCGCCGGAUCAGUCCUUUCUGUUGUCACGUCACUGGAUCAACGCCAUCGAGGACCAUGACUAUGUCGCUCUGUCGUACACCUGGGACUCGUCCAAUGAUGAAAACCCGAAAGUCGGCGGCUACAUGGUGCAAACGAGGGAUAGAGCACGGGAAUUCCGAUCACCUGUUCGAGAUUGCGUUUUUGAUCGCAUCAUUAAAUACAUGAGAAGAUUUCAGUUGAAUCUUUUGUGGAUUGAUAGGCACACUAUCAAGCAGCGGAGUUGCAACCAGACCCCGUGCAUCCAUCCGCAGUGCAAUCAGAAGCGCCACGCCUUGCAGGCCAUGGAUCUUAUCUAUAAGCUUAGCAACCAUCCGGUCGCCUUACUCGAGAGAUCUUUCCACUCUCGAUUCGAUAUGAUGCUUCUGGCGAGAAUCCUUGGUGGCGAACUGGUUACCCAGCAUCGGCAGGCACCGCGGUUUCGACUCUCUGAGAAAACAAGUCGGCAAGAGGCUGGAAACGCGCUCACGCUACUAAAAGAUAUCACGAGCGACCUGUGGUGGACGAGAACUUGGACCUUUCAGGAGAGCUAUCGCGCAGGAACUGCGAUGCAUCUCCUCAUUCCUCACGUACCUGCACUGGAGAGGCAGAAGCGUUCUUCCUUCAUUAAUCUUUUCAGUGAUAUAAACGAAGAACUUUGCAUCAAUUCCGUCAGCUUUUCUUACGAGGCUACGCGUCUUUGUUUGGCUUUUGAGGGCAUUCAGCCUCAGACCCCAGCGGAGAGGGAGGCAAUCGGUCAUGUUCUGACCACUGCUGGGAGGUAUACCAUCACUCUGAAGAAGCAUGAAUCGAUGACCCCGACUAUCAUUUCGGACAUUGAGCAUAGAAACGUGAAAAAGCCCUGGGACCGUCUCGCCGUUGUUGCCAACUGCUGCCAGUAUCCUGUGCGCCUUGACGUUGAAGAACUACAACGGAAGAAACACAGCCUCAGCCUUUCGAUGUUGGUCAUGUCUCUUCUAAACGGGGAGAUUCUUUCUAACGGCAGAUCCUGUGAGUCGCCUUCCCAGAUGACUGUGUCGAAAUUUCUGAAGGUACAGUCUUUCAAAGGCUUUUAUUCCCCCUUGAACAAGCGAAGUCUUUCGUUUAACAAAGGCUGCCGAUUUCCUCAUGUCCGACUUACACCUGAUGGCAUAUUCACCAAGGGUCAUCUAUGGAAGCUUGGCAGAGCGAUUACCUCGCAUGACGUUGAUCAACAAACAGCAUGGGUAGACAACCCAACGGGCAAGCUAACGCUGCGGGAGCGGAAACGACUCACCCAACUCGCGAAUAAAUUGAGGUCUCUUGGAUACUCUCUUAUUGAACGUCGCAUUCGAAGAUGUCUGUCUCUCGAUUCAGAGCGUGAUCAAGGCUAUUUUGAUAAUGAAUCGUAUUCUGAGAGAUACAUGAGAAUGAUGGGUUCAGAGCUCGUUGAUGCAAUCGAUAGUGGAAUGACGCUUAGGCUGGGAUCUCUCUGGGAUCCUUCUGGUCAGCCAUCCCCGUAUAGGGCUGUUUUCAUUUGCGGCGGUGGGGACGGGGUCGGCCAAAGCCAAGGAAGCGAGUCCGUGCUUAUCUUCACGGCCUUUCGUCCCAAAUUCCAAGGUUCCAACGGUAAUGAUACCAAUGACGUUGAUCGCCACGUAUCGCUGGAGGUCCAGCAUAAGGGGUACGUGGAAGAUGCCGGGAAUAUUGUCCCACGUUUGUAUACUAAGGGUUGGCGGCUCGGUUUAUGCUAUUUUGAGCGGUCCCCGAGAGUAGAUGUUGUUUUCCCAUGGCCUGCUGGAUUGGAGACGAUGACCUCUGGGCUCCAUUAGGCCAUGCACUAGGCAAGGCAAUAGGUGGAGUCUAUAAUAGGGUCAGGGCAGGACGAGGGUGCGUUACUAUCAUCGGCUGCCCUGGAUACCUUGACGAACCGUUUCUCCCUUUGGUAUAGGGAUGCGGACCGGUCGGGAGCUCAGAGAGCUCAGUUUCUAGCACGCGCGGCCCGAAAGUAGAUCAUCGCUAGUACUUGUUGUUCGCGCG